UGUGAGAACAGCUAUGCUUGGCUUUCUGUUGGACGGAGGCAGAGAGAGCAGCACUGAAGCUGAAUCUGAUCAGCGGGCGGGAUCCACGGCACGGCGCUAUGGCGAUGCUCUGCUGGAUGUUUUUAAAAAUCCAAACACCUGCUAACCUAGAUUCGUUUUGGAACACACUGCUAUAUUUCUUGUGAACGACAGUGCAAUCAUUGACAUGCGCUCUGCAAUGGAUCCGUGGAGGAGAAGGCAGCUCGGUUUUGUCGUCCUCUCCGCGAUUUGGAGUCUCGCCUCGGCUGUAACAAGAUACUCCAUCCCUGAAGAAAUUCCAGUGGGCACAGUGAUCGCAAAUAUCGCCACGGAUUUGGGCCUUGACGCUCACAGUCUGUUGGAACGAAAGGUAAAGCUGGAUUAUAUCCAUAGCAAGAAAUACCUAGAAAUAAACGAAAGCACAGGAGAACUGUUUAUCGCUGAGAAAAUUGACCGGGAGUAUUUAUGCCCGGCCAAAACAUCAUCGUUUUGCUUCCUCAAGAUGGACGUGAUAAUCGAGAGUCCAGUACGCAUAUUUAAUAUCGAAUUAGAAAUUAUGGACAUCAAUGACAACGCGCCUCAGUUCAGAAGGGAGAGAAUACCGCUCGAUAUUUCAGAAUCGGCAACACCCGGAGAGAGAUUUUCUUUAACAAACGCGGUGGAUGCAGAUGUUGGAGAGAACUCAAUCGAGACCUAUUAUUUGAGUGACAGCGACAGGUUUACUAUUGAAAUCCAGUCUGGAAGUGACGGGACUAAAUACGUCGACUUGGUGCUAAAAGCGAGUUUAGACAGAGAAAAACAAGCCGUUCAUAGGCUAACCCUCACCGCCGUGGACGGAGGCGUACCUGCGCGCUCAGGUACGGCCAGCAUUAUCAUCCAAGUGCUGGAUACCAACGACAACGCACCUCAGUUUGAUCGACAAGUGUACUCGGUUGACCUCAUUGAAAAUGCACCUAUCGGGACACUGAUUAUGCACCUGAAUGCAACCGAUUACGACGAGGGUGUCAACGCGGAGGUCAUAUACUCCUUUACUUUAUACACAUCCGAGAAAACACAAGAAAAGUUCUCGUUGGAUCCCAACAGUGGAGAAAUAAGAGUAAAAGACACGAUCGACUUUGAAGAAGUGAAGAGCUUUGAGAUGUACGUUGAAGCCAAGGACAAGGGUGUGAAUCCACUUUCUGGUCAGUGUAAAAUUUUGGUGUUCAUCACCGAUCUAAAUGAUAACCAUCCUGAGAUUACAAUAAAUUCUUUUAAGAGUUCGAUUAAAGAAAAUGACCCUGUAGGAACAGUGAUCGCUGUCGUCAGUGUGAGCGACAGGGACUCUGGAGAUAAUGGCAAGGUUGUUCUUUCCAUCCACAAUGCUGAGAUGUUACCAUUUGCUCUUAAUAGGUCGUCUGAAGACUUUUUUGAGUUAAUAGUCAUAGAAUCGCUUGACCGUGAGCUCAAAAACAGUUAUGAUAUCACCCUUUAUGUGACCGACAGAGGAACCCCUUCUUUGUCUGAUAACGAAACAAUCAGUCUUACAAUUCAAGAUGUCAAUGAUAAUGCCCCAACAUUCCCUCAAUCCUUCUAUACCAUUCAUUUCAUGGAAAACAAUGAGCCUGGGGCAUUGCUCACCUCCUUAACGGCCCAUGACCCAGACUCGCAUGAAAACCAGUAUAUUGUUUACUUCAUCAUAGAAAAGGAGAUCGCCAACACCUCAGUGUCCAUGCUGUUUUCCAUCAAUCCCGAGAAUGGCGACCUCUAUGCGUUACGCACAUUUGACUAUGAAAGAGAGAAGGAGUUUCUGUUUCACAUUGAAGCUAGAGAUUCAGGAGUUCCUCCUCUUAGCAGUAACAUGACCGUACACAUCAUCAUCCUGGACCAAAAUGACAACACACCGCUCAUAGUUUCUCCAUGGCGUCCACAAGGUGCUGCUAUAGAAGAAGUAAUCCCAAGGUCAAGUGAUAAAGGAUCCCUGGUCACCAAGGUCAUCGCGUUGGAUGCAGACUCCAUGCAGAACUCUCGAAUAACGUAUCAGUUCCUCCAGAUCACAGACACCACGCUAUUCAGCCUUGACCAGUACAACGGCGAGAUAAGAACCAAUCGCAUGUUCAGCUACAGAGACCCCAGACAUCAACACCUGGUCAUCAUAGCCAGAGACAACGGAGACCCUCCUCGCUCCGCCACGGUGACCAUCAAGAUCUCCACAGUGGAGCAAGUGUUCACACAGUUUACCGAAUCCACAGAGGUGCCUAUUGAAUACGACCUGUUCACCGAUCUCAACCUGUAUUUGCUGAUCGGUUUGGGGUCGGUGUUAUUUUUUCUGCUCAUAACCAUCCUAGUGAUUAUUGUACUGAAAUGUCAAGAACCCAAACCCUCACAAGCAGCUCCUCAGGGUAGGAACAGCAUCAUCAGCCAGAGGAACUCUUCCACCAUUGCUGACUCUACUCUCAUCUCUAGUGAUGCCUACUGGUACAGUCUGUUUCUGGCAGAGACUAGAAAAGGGAAGGUGGUGGUGCGGCAGCCCCUUCCAAACGGGGCAGGGUUCAUUGUGUCAAGCAUCCCAGGAAGUGCUGCACUGACUGAGACCAGUGCUUCAAGGUCUUCCACUUUACAGGAGUCAAGCAGUGAUUUACCAUGAUCUGGACAUGCUGACUGAUGGAUUACAACCUUCCACACCAGGCUCACUGUCCGUGAGAGACAGAUUGAUCUUCUGUUUUAAGGUUUUUUUUUUUUCAGGGUUUCAUUCGAUUUAAGACUGUGAAGAAUCACAUUUUUCAAACACCUCUGUGUGUAGCUACAAGAGAGCAUUUGAAUAUUGUUUUACAUUUUGUAUUAAUUUAUAAUAUUAAUAAUUUUAUUUAUAUUACUUAUAGUUUACUUAUUUCCGUGCUCUUGUAAUUCUUGUGUCAGACUAGGCAUAAAGAAACACAACUCAGAUUAUUCAGUCACUUUUAUUGAGUUAUUUUGACCAUCACUUCUUCUCCAGCUUCCUGUUCUUUGUAUUGCCUUUUCGGCUUAUAUUUGACUUUCAAGACCAACAUUGUGUCAGAGAGAGACAUUCAGUGCGGCUUUGUGGCGAUUUAAGGCAGGGUCUAACAACUGUAUAUCAGCCACUUGUAACCACAUUGAGCAUGACUUUGCAUGGCUAAUACAAACAAGAUGGACUUUUUGUAUCUAAAAGCCUUUCAAAUAGACUCUACCAAAGAGCUAAGACAGAAGUGAAACUUCAGGACUCCAAGAACAACUGGACUUUCACCUGUCUGGUUCCAGUAAGAUACGAACUACAAAACAGCUGGUAAAGAGAUGAAAAGAGGGUCAAGACUGUUAAAUGGUUCUGGUAUUAAUGAUGCUCUGUUUUUACAUUGUUAAAACACGCUGAUGAGAAAGCUGUGGUCAUAUGAGCACAAUCUAAUGAGCCAGACACUGUCUAUACCUCAAAACACUUGGUUUGCCAGCUAUGUGGUGCACAUGACCCAUGUUUCUUUUUAUCCUGUCUACCAAAUACCAUAAACGGCCUAAAAUAUUAAAAAGCAUUAAAAAAGUAUCUGAAAUCCUAGACAAAUGCUACAAAGAGUAAUAAUCACAUGAAUGACACUUUACAAAAAAAGUUUUACAUGUUUACAUAUUUAGUUAACUACAUUAGUUAACAUAAACUAACA